GUCCUAUUUCUGCUGGAUUGUGCAAGAUUUUUAACCUUGUUUUCUUUGAAUUAUGACUUAAAUAUCACACAUCUUAAAUAAGAAAAGGGAAAUAUUUUAGUUUUGGAAGUCAGAAUGCCAAGGAGAAGGAAAAAUCUUGGGGGAAAUCCUUUUCGGAAGACUGCAAACUCUAAGGAAGUUGUAUCCAGUGUUACUAGUCAUGAGGAGCCAACCACUACUCUUCCUUCCAUGUGUGAGACAAAAGUUAAUCAGGAAGAACUCUUCACCAGUAUCUCAGAGAUGUUUUCUGAUCUGGAUCCUGAUGUAGUAUAUUUGAUGCUUUCUGAAUGUGAUUUCAAAGUUGACAACGCCAUGGAUUGUCUAUUAGAGUUAUCUGCCACUGAUGCCAAGAUAGAAGAAUCGUCUUCACAAAGCUCUGCUGCUUCUGAGACCCAAGUAAGUGCAGCAGGGAGUGAAAUAAUGGAAAAGCAUCCUCCUGAAGAAGAGAGUGAAGAUUCAAAAAUGGAUUCGUUUUUGGACAUGCAGCUAACUGAAGACUUGGAUUCCUUAAUACAGAAUGCUUUUGAGAAAUUGAAUUCUUCUCCUGAUGACCAAGUGUUUUCAUUUUUGCCUUUGCAAGAUGUUAAUAGUUUUAAUGACCCGAGUGAGUUUAUAAAUUCAGAUUCAGGUAGUAUGACUCCCAUUCUUUCUACACAAAAUGUGGAUUUGAACAAUGAAAAUUUAGAGAAUUCUGCGUCUACAUUAAGUUCAAACCCAUUACCUUCACAUUCAGUUGUGAAUGAAUCCAAACAUUUUAUAAAGGAUAACACAUUGACAUUGGAAGGUAACUACCCAGAAGAUUCUCUUCUCAGUAGUUCUUUAAAUCUAGCAGGUGACUCUGUUGUGGGUUGUAGCAAUUUUAAUCAAGAUCAGAAAGAACUUUUAGAAUCUGAAUGUGUUGAGGCACAGUUCUCUCAAGCUCCUGCAGAUUUGGGUGCCAGCGAACCUCAGGCUCUUUUAAACCUUCCAGAGCUUGAUUUACCAGAUACAGGUGGAGAUCAGAAAUCUGCAUCCGUCUCUGAUGUGUUUGUACCUUCCGAAGGAUUUAAUUUCAAGCCGCACAAACAUCCUGAACUGCCACCAAAGGUGAAGGAUGUGAAUUACUGCCCAGUACUUACCCCUCUCCCUUUACUGCUGCCUCCUCCUCCACCUCCGCCACUGUGGAAUCCAAUGAUUUCUGCUUUUGACCUCUUUCAAGGAAACCAUGGCUUUGUAGCUCCCAUUGUAACCACAGCUGCACACUGGAGACCUGUCAACUAUACAUUUCCACCCUCAGUUAUUUCUCACACUUCCCCAACAAAGGUAUGGAGAAAUCAGGAGGGAACAAGUGCUUAUCAAGUACAAGAAACUCCAGUUUCUCAGGUUGUAAGAAAGAAGACAUCUUACAUUGGACUAGUUCUUGUUCUUCUCAGAGGGCUUCCUGGAUCAGGAAAAUCUUUUUUGGCGAGGACUUUGCAAGAGGAUAACCCAAAUGGAGUCAUUCUUAGUUCUGAUGAUUAUUUUUACAUAAAUGGACAGUACCAGUUUGAUGUAAAGUACUUAGGAGAAGCACAUGAAUGGAACCAGAAUCGUGCAAAAGAAGCAUUUGAGAAGAAGGUAUCUCCUAUUAUAAUAGAUAAUACAAACCUACAGGCAUGGGAAAUGAAGCCAUAUGUUGCUUUGUCUCAAAAACAUAAAUAUAAAGUCCUUUUCCGGGAACCAGAUACAUGGUGGAAGUUCAAACCAAAGGAACUUGCAAGGCGUAAUAUUCAUGGGAUAAGCAAAGAAAAAAUAACAAGAAUGUUAGAACACUAUCAACGUUUUGUUUCAGUACCAAUAAUCAUGAGUUCUUCGGUUCCAGAGAAAAUAGAACGUAUUGAGUUGUGUGCAUAUUCUUGUGAGGACAGAAGUACUAGCCCAAGAGUCAAUGAAGAUAUUACCUCUGAAAAAGAAGAUAAUGUUUUAUCCUCCUCUUUGAAGCACCUAGAAUUAAUUGAAGAGAAGAAUCUUGAAGUGAUUAAAGAAACUGUGUUAUCUGAGAAUGUUAAGUAUCUCCCUAAUGCAGAUUUAAACAAAGGAGGAAAAGAAUUAAGUGGUAUGAAUCAAAACACUCAGAGUGCUUUUGUUCAGGAAGCUCCACACAUUUAUUUUUCUGACUCUGAAAGCAAAGUACGAGCAACAGGCAAAAGCAAAAAAGAGCAAGUAGAAAUGGUGUCUGAAAAAGAGUAUAAUAGAACCGAUGCAGAUAGUUCUGUAGAGGGAGUAUCACCAAGUAUUUGUUAUGGUGAAAAUGAUCAGGAAGACUAUGAUCAUGCAAGUACUGUACCACUUCAAUAUGAAAAAUCUUCACCUGGUGAAAUAUUGGAAGAAGGAGCAACAGUAAAGAAAAAAGCCUUUGGGAAACAAAAAAGCAAAUCAGCUUUGGAAAAGUUCCCAGGACAAGAGGUAUCAAAUUUUGUUGGUGACUGGCCAGUUGAUACGACUAUUGGUCAGAGGACAAAAAGGAACCGAAAAACUGAAAAAGCAUCAUCUGUACAAAGUGACAAAAACUAUAGUUACCCUCAGUCAUGCAAAGUAUUAGAUAAUAGUGUAUCUGUGAAUAUAGAUUGUAUCCAGCAACGAGGAUCUCCACAUGAGACUGUAGAGGAUGACAAGAAGUCACAGUGUGAUGUUUCAGAGUUCCUCAGUAGCUAUAGAUAUGAAACUUAUAAAAAUAAUGAAAAAAACUCAUUCAGCAUUGUGGGUGAUUGGCCUUCAUCUGAUUCUUUAGUUCAGAGAGAGCACAGAUCAAGAAUGCCAAAGGCUAGUUUAAAUGAACCCAACCUAGAAUUUGGAACUAAUGACAAUAUGAAUGAAAUAUCCUUGUACACAGCACAUGACGCCUGUUGGGGCACAAGCCCUAAAAAACUAAAAACAUUGGGUAGCUCCACUCUAGGAAGUUCUGAAAUGCUACCCAGUGAAAUGACCCAUGAGAAUCAGACAUGUUUAAAUAAAAAGAUUUAUGGGGAACACACAUUGCCUCUUAAUUUUACCAAUUGUGCACCAACUACUCCUGGAGUAGUAGGACAACAAACUUUAGCGGAAUUUCCAGAGGGAAUACCUGAAGGUGUCCCUAGACUAGAAGUAGUCAUGUGUACCCAGACUGAACCACAGGAUUUUGCACUCUUAUGGAAAGUAGAAAAGAAUAAAAUUAGUGUUUCAGAUUCUUUGAAAGUAUUAACAGGAAGAUUAAAUGGAUUUAAGCCGAAAGCUUUCAACAUUAACACAAAGUCAGAUGUUCAAGAAACAAUUCCAUAUAGGGUAAUGUAUGAUAAAAGCACGUAUGUUGAAGAAAGUGAGCUUACCAGUGCUGAUGAAUCUGAAAAUCUUAAUAUUCUUUGUAAACUGUUUGGAUCCUUUUCAUUAGAAGCCCUGAAAGACUUAUAUGAGAGGUGUAAUAAAGAUAUUAUUUGGGCCACAAGCCUUUUGUUGGAUUCUGAAACUAAAUUAUGUGAGGAUACUGAAUUUGAGAAUUUCCAAAAGUCAUACGAUGACUCACAAAUUGGACCAUUUUCUCUGGGAUUGAAUUUGAAAGAAGUUAUUAGCCAAGGAGGAACUUUAGAGGAUUCUAAUCCUUCUCUGCCAGAGUUUAGCCAUGGAAUUAUUAGUAACACUAGUGCACAGUCUACCUGUGAUGCAGACGAGGAAAACUCAGAGCAGGCAGAAAUAAGAGCUAUAAGUCCUGAAGAACCUGGAUUAAUAACAAGAAUAUUUUCUCAUGCUGCUAUAGAUGUAAAGAAUAAUAAUGAAGCACUUUCUAAGAGUCAGGCAGAACUUUCAGUUUUGUAUGGCAUUAAGCAGUCUUUUCCAAAUAUUGUAAAAGCUACCGUCCCUAAAAAUGUGAGUGAAAUGGAGAAGAAUGUAGUAGCCACAGAAACUGGAGACAGUAUACAUUCUUUAAAUUUGUCUGAUGUUUUAAACUCUGUUUCGAGUACUUCGAAUCUUGAGUUAAAUGAAAAAAUUGAUUUUAAUGACUCUUUUGAGAUAAAGAACAAUGAAAAUCUUCCAAAGGAUUAUGUGAAAUUUCCAAACACAGAAGAACUUACGAAUGAAGAUGAACAAGAAAUGGAGAAAAUUCUAAUAGCAGAGAAUAGUUUGUCAGCUGGAGUUAGUGAAGAAGAUAAAACUGAGAUACUAAAUCCCGCACCAGUGGUGGCCAAAUCUCUGACCAUAGACUGUCUGGAGUUGGCAUUACCCCCUGAACUGGCUUUUCAACUCAAUGAAUUAUUUGGUCCUGUUGGUAUUGAUUCAGGGUCUCUAACAGUUGAGGAUUGUGUGGUUCACAUAGAUUUGAAUCUGGCUAAAGUGAUUCAUGAGAAAUGGAAAGAAUCCGUAAUGGAGCGCCAAAGACAAGAAGAGGUAUCCAGUGGCAAGUUUUUGCAAGAUUCUUCCCUGGUUGGACAUAUUGGUGUUGACAAUCCCGAGCAAAAAUCAUCUCAGAGAACUGGCAGAAGAUUAGUGAAGACUUUAGCAGCACCUGAUAUGCUACCCUUAUUGGAUCAUUGGAAUACUCAAACUAAAAAAGUAUCACUCAGAGAAAUAAUGUCAGAAGAAAUUGCCUUACAGGAAAAACAUGAUUUGAAAAGGGAGACACUUAUGUUUGAAAAAGAUUGUGCCACUAAACUAAAGGAGAAACAACUCUUUAAGAUAUUUCCAGCUAUUAACCAAAAUUUCCUGGCAGACAUUUUCAAGGACCACAACUAUUCUUUAGAACAUACAGUGCAGUUUCUAAACUGUGUUCUUGAAGGAGACCCUGUAAAAACAGUUGUAGCGCAAGAGUUUGUUCACCAAAAUGAGAAUGUCACUUCUCAUACUGCCCAGAAGUCUAAAGACAAAAAGGCAAAGAAAUCAAAAGAGACUGAAGAUACACUAAGUGAACAGUCUUUCCAGGAUUUUGAGUACCCAGAGUAUGAUGACUACAGGGCAGAGGCUUUUCUGCACCAACAGAAGAGGAUAGAAUGCUACAGCAAGGCAAAAGAAGCUUAUCGGAUGGGGAAAAAAAAUGUCGCCACCUUUUAUGCCCAGCAGGGUAGUCUUCAUGAGCAGAAGAUGAAAGAAGCCAAUCACCUCGCUGCGGUGGAGAUCUUUGAGAAAGUCAAUGCCUCUCUGUUGCCACAGAAUGUUUUAGACCUCCAUGGACUACAUGUGGAUGAAGCUAUAGAACAUUUGAUGACAGUUUUGCAGCAGAAAACUGAAGAAUUUAAGCAGAGUGGCGGUAAGCCCUAUCUUUCUGUGAUUACGGGGAGAGGAAACCACAGCCAGGGAGGAGUUGCUCGCAUCAAACCAGCUGUUAUUAAAUACCUCACAAGCCAUAGCUUCAGGUUCUCUGAAAUUAAACCAGGGUGCUUGAAAGUCAUGCUAAAGUAAAAUAGAUGUCCUUGACUUAGAAGUAUGAAGGUUUGUAGGUUAAAAUUAGUUUUAUUUGCAGCAAUUCAGUCAAUUCUACUCUAAACUUGUGUUUUAUUAGAAAUAAUGUCAGUAUAAAACAAAAAAAUUAUGAUGUUUUUCAAAAUUAACGAGUUUAAUUUUUUACUGAAUCAAAUGCCGAAUAUGUUACCUGUUAAAAAUAUUAAUGUGAAUUUUUAUUGAUUAUACAAUGUCUAAGAAAAUUAUCAGCUGCAGUUUUAAAGUUUGAAGUGGUCUUUUUUUUUCGGAUAGAAUAUGUUACCUUUGUAUUAAUUGUUGUUUGACAUUUAGUAAAGUACUAAAGAAUUCUAUCAGAGGUAUUUAAAGUGCUUUGAAACCUGGUUCAUGCCCUUUAAAGGCUUGUAUUAAAAGAAGAAAGAAGUAAUAGUAGUAAAGAAAGAAAGGAGAUCUGACAAGAACUCUUGAAUACUUUUGCUUUCAAAACUAAAUGCACAAAAUCAUUUUAUUUUGCCAUAUCCUACAGGAAGGAAGACAUGCUGUUGUUCUUUCUUUUGCUUUGUGCUCGUAUAUGAUCUUGAUCUCUUACCUUUUGUUCAAGUCUUCUAUUAUAUAUAUUUUCUGGGAAGAAAGUUGGGUCUGAGAUUAUAUUGCAGUUUUAUACCUUCCAUAAGCAGAAAAGUUUUCAGAGAAGGAGAAAUGGUUAGAUAUGUACCAAGUGUUGCUGCCUUAUAGAAUUGCUCCUAGAACUGUGUGCAUAGUACUGAAUGGCUAUAUUUUUUAUUUGAGACAUACAAUUUCUAUACUACAGAAGGCCAAAAUCUUAUUAACUUAAAACAGAUGUAGAAAACAUUUUUGAUAUAAUCAUAAAAGGAAUCUUGCAAAUUAAAAGAUUUUUACCUUUAUUUUGAUAAAGAGCCAACUUUCUGAAAGAAAACUUUCAUUGAUUUCUGUCGUUUGUUAGGUAUUACCUCCUGUUAGUAUGUAAAUUAUAAUUUCCUUUACACAGGUUUAAUGUGGUAAAGUGUAAUUUUUCAGUAUGAGACAAUGGCUUAAAUAAAUGUAACUUGAGAUAUGGAGAAUAUUUUCAGCAUAUAGAAUUUUAGCAAACAAUUGUGUUGCUCUUUGUUAAGCUUAAAAAAUCAUUUGGAUCAGGAAUUAUAGGAUUGAGCUGUGUUAAUGAAAGAAUCUUGAAUUAUAGAAUGGUUUCCCAAAAGAGCAAACAUUUUAAUGAAAAUAAAAUUCAAAAACACAUGUUUUUAUAUGUCAUGAAUGCAUGCUUUUAAAAGAAGAACCUAUCAUUGAAUUUUAUUUUCACGAAAGUAAGAAUAUGUGUUUAUUAUUUAGAAAUGGUUAGUGGCUAGUACUGAAGUGUUAUUCACGUUUUUAUGUUUGCAAUCAUUUGUUUAAAAAUCCCAACAAUUUAACAUACUUUUUGUAAUGUCUAGAAGAGUUAUAUACAUUAAAAAUAAAGCAAUUUCUUUCAAUAACUUAGUAUAAAACUAUAAUUGUUAGUUAACGAAAUAAAAUAUUCUUAUGUAUAAUUUGUAUGAUUUAAGAGAUAUGAAAAAUAAUUCUAAAACCUGGAGUCAUUGGAGUGUAUGCAGCUGCAUAUUCAUUUUCUGUGUUUUUGUAUUUCCUUGCCCAGUUUAUAAAAACAUCACUUUUGAGUACUUCAGCUAGACUUAUUUCAAUAUUAUUGCAAUUAUGAUUAAUGAGGGAGCAGUCAAAAGUAGUACAGGUGUGGUAUUCUAUGGACAGAAACAUAAAUGAAAGAAGCUGUGUUUUAUGCUGUAUCAACUUCAAUUUUAUGCCUUAUUUUGGUAAAUUUAGUGCUAUUUCUUAAUCAUUAUUCAUAAGUAUACAAAUUUGAGCAUCAUGUGUAUUUUUAUCAAGAUGUUUAAUCCUAAACUGCCUCCUACCCUACUAUCUAGCACAGUUUAAGCAGCACAUAAUUAUGAAAGAAAAGUUUAUAAUCCCUCCUUUCUUCUUUUGCCCACUUCUAAAUCCUGUAUGUCAAAGGUAGUUUGGAGACUGAAGUUUUCACAUAUUGGUGCCAAUACAUGACUCAUUAGAAUGGCUCUUUGUAAACUUAAUAUUUUAAAUUAUUUUAGAAGUAUAGCACUUGUGUAGUUUGGAAAGUUUUAGUGAUGAUUAUAUCCAUUCAGUGUUUACCAGUAUCUACCAGAGGAAAAAAGAACUAAUGUGAACACCACAGGAGGUGUGCAUUUGGACCAGGGAAAAUCUUAACAGUGUUUUCAGUCUAUCCAUCUCCUUAUUCCAACGUGAGAAAUGGAAGCAUGUUUUCUUACAUUUAUUGGCAAUUCUUAUAUCUCUACAUUAUUUUCAAGUUGAAGUUUCUUCAGUUUAUUAGUAUCUGCAUACUGUUUGCAAUUCUAUGGCCUUUAAAUACAGAACAUAUUAUAUAUAGCAGAAAUUGUGACUUUAAAGUGUCUCGUGUAUUAUAACACAUCGGGGAAAAGCUAUACAAUUCUUUUGGAUGGUUUCCAGUCCUUUGUUUUGGUCUUUUUCUUUUUAAUUUCAAGUGUUUUAUAUGCUUAGAAAAUGGACACACAUAAUAGCAAGAUUGGUUAUUUCUGAGGUGGAAAUUGGAAACUUUUGAAACUCAGGAAAUUGCUCUGACAAUGUUUUAACUGCUCUCAAUUUAAGAAAAUGACAAAAUGUAUAAAAAAGAGAAAUAAUGUGUGCUGUUUUUUCCAAGUGCUUUUACUAAGUGCUUUCUCAUUGUGCAAUGAGGUGAAGUUUGGUAAUUUUUCUGUGUAGUGGUUAAAUAUUGCUUAUUUUUUUUUACAUGUAAAGAAAACAGAUUUAAAUGUGUGGCCCAAAAAAGUGUCAUUUAAAAGGUAAAGUAAGUUUAUGUAGAAUGUAUGUUAACGGUGCUUAUUUUUAAAAUGUAAUUCAAGUUUACAGUAUUACUUAAUGCCUCUUUACAGAAUUUAAUAGAGAAAUAAGGAUAGAACACAUCUACAUCCCGAAGAGCCUUUUAUAACUUCACAUUAUAUGAUGACAAAGUUUAUUAUUUUCCUUAAAGUUGAGCAAUUGACUUUUAUGGUCCAAAUGAUGAACUUGUUAUUAAUAAGUGAUUGAAUUAACUGGUGGACUUCUCAUUAAAAUACAGCAUUGCAGCUAUCAUUUAGAGAAUAUGUUAUAAAAUUUUCAGACAGUGUAUCAGAAACAAAAUGUUUUCAUUUGUACUAUAAAGAAAAUGUAAUUUUGAUGUUAACUCUGUACUUUUCUUUAUUGAAAAUAUUUUAUAACUUUGCUUUUAAAUUUCUUACGAAACCAUUUGCAAAUUACCUACUUAAUUUAAUAAAAACACUUUAGCCACA